UAUAUUUCCUACAAUACUGUACUGCAGUACAUAAAGCUUGUUGAGCACACGCUCCUCACCAGAGGAAACCCUGAUAUUGUAAUCAACCGCAUUAUAUGAAUCUGUUGAAGUUUUCUUCUAUUUGAGAAAAGUGCUGUUCAAGACAAAAACAUGUCGACCGCACCUACGGCACCCCCUCCCAACAUGUUCGACACAAUCCCAGGAUAUGAGGGAACCCUGGCCGGCGGUGGAGGUGGGUAUCUUCCACCUCCAAUGCCAACUGUACCCAUGCCUGUGCCCGAACAAGCGCCAACUCCACAAGACUGGCACAUUCCUUCAAUCUCAGAGCAGAAAGCUCGUGAAUCUCUACAAAAAUACGUCUCCAGCAAGUGUUGCUAUAGUUCUGCACCUGUUAAAGACGGGGUGAUUACCAGCAUGGAGACUUUUAAUACCUACAGGUAUCGUUUGGAGAGUUUCACAGAGUCCAGAACAUCUGAAUGGAGUCAGGAGCCUUUCACAGGGCAGGUUGUGGAUGCUGGUAAUCAACCUGCGCCAUCGCCGUGGCAGAUUCCUACUAAUCCUCCAAACUUCUUCAAUGACCAGACGCAGAACAUUAAAGUGCCUUAUACCUCCUCAGUCAAGAACUGUCACAAAUGUUUUGGAAUCGGAAGAGGUACCUGUAUCACAUGCUCUGGAGCUGGAAACAAAGUGUGUUGGUCGUGUCAUGGUUCUGGAUCUCGUCAGGCUCAUGACCGCUGUAUAUCGUGCAGAGGCCGUGGUCGAACGAAAUGUAAUUCAUGUAACGGUCACGGCACUCGUGAUUGUGAAACCUGUCAUGGGAAGAGACAGUUGCUCGUCUUCAUCAAUCUUACUGUUAAAUGGAGCACUGAAAAAGAUGAUUUCGUAGCAGAACAAUCGAGUGGUCUCAGAGUGCAGAAUCUUGAAAAUGUCUCAGGGAAGCAGUUGUUUCAAAAUGCCCAAUACAUGAUAUAUCCGAUUAUGGGUUUUCCUGAUGCUUCUGUCGCACAAGCUUCUGAACGUUUAGUACGAGAGCAUCAGACAAAAUAUGCCCAAAACUCCCGCAUAUUACAACAGAGACAGACAAUAGAGCUAAUUCCCAUUACCAAAGUGAACUACAAGUGGAAAGGAAAAUCCUAUUUUUAUUAUGUGUAUGGAAAUGAGUUUCAAGUGAACGCUGAUGAUUACCCAGCCACCUGCUGCUGCUCUGUGAUGUAACAAAUAUCAUCUGAUAUAACCCUACACAUUUAUAUACACCCAAAAAUACAGUACACACAACCACUACUGUGUAUACAGCAACACUGAUUUAUUUCAUCUGAGUUUGUUUUUCAGCAGACUGUGUUUGUGUAUUGUCUGAAAUGAUAAAAUUAUGACUUGACAGUACAGACA